UUGAAUCUCAGAGGCGGCUUUUGGGCUCUGGAGGCCGAGUGGUCAGGGAAGUUCUCAAGUCUACCCAAGUAUAUAUGCUGCUGAAUCGAGCAUCUCAUAGGACACAUGAGUCUUUUUUACACAAGUUAAGCCUACUGCAGGCCAGUCAUCUGCUUUCUUUGGCAAAGCCUGAACAUAUAUACAGUGAUGGCAACUCAAAGGAAUACUAGAAGCUCCCAGCUACAAAACAGAAUUUCUCAAGGUAGUAAUAGUUUUCAGACCAAUCUCUUAGCCUGGAAGGUAAAGGAGAAAUCAGGCAAGUCGAAGGGUGUCUUGAAAGAAAGCAAUUCCAUGGAAGAUUGUCAACACACUGAUGAUCAAGCUGAAGAUGAUCUGCAAAUUGCAGUAGGAUACUUUCAGAAAGGUCCCAAGAAAGCUUCACUAAAUAAAGAUAAGGUCUUGGAAAAACACUUGAAAACCGUGGAAAACGUGGCUUGGAAAAAUGGCUUAGCUCCAGAAGCACUUGAUAUUUUAUUAAAUGUGGCACUCAGUGGCAAGUUUGGGAAUGCAAUAAACACACGGAUAUUAAAGUGCAUGAUUCCAGAAACUCUCAUAUCAGAAGAUUCUGUGGUGAAGGCGGUAUCCUGGCUCUGUGUUGGCAAGUGUUCUAGUAAUACCAAGGUACUUUUUUAUCGUUGGUUGGUUGCGAUGUUUGACUUUAUUGAUCAUAAGAAGCAAAUUAAUUUGCUCUAUGGAUUCUUUUUUGCUUCAUUGCAAGAUGAUGCUCUGUGCCCCCAUGUUUGCCAUUUGUUAUAUUUACUGACUAAAAAAGAGAAUGUCAAACCAUUUCGCGUGAGAAAAUUGCUUGAUCUUCAGGCCAAAAUGGGAAUGCAGCAUCAUCUCCAGGCUUUGUUAUCGCUGUAUAAGUUCUUCGCUCCUGCUUUGAUUUCGGUAUCUUUGCCUGCAAGGAGGAAGAUCUAUUUUAAUAAUUCAAAGAAUCUGUGGACUUCAGCUCUGCUUGCUGUGAAGCUAAGAAACCAAGGAGCUUUUCCAGAACCUCCAAAGCUAACAUUAGGUCCAACUAAAGGCUCUUCUCGAAAAAGAAAAUGGAGUUCUCACUCUGUUGUUCCAGCACUAAAUUCUGCUAACAAAGAAUGUGGGGGAAAGAAGAUGAGUCUUUCUGAUUACCUCAUCAGCGAUAGAUCACUUCCACUAGAAGAGCUUCAGAGUUUCCCUCAACUUUUACAGAACAUUCAUUGCUUAGAGCUGCCUUCUCAGAUGAGCUCAGUGCUAAACAACUCUCUGCUACUUCACUAUAUUAACUGUGUCAAAGAUGAGUCGAUCUUACUGAGGCUCUAUUACUGGUUGAGUCAAACAUUACAAGAAGAAUGUAUGUGGUAUAAUGUGAAUAAUUAUGAAGACGAAAAAGAAUUUACAAACUUCCUGGACAUUGUCAUCCGGGUGCAGUGCUUCUUACAAGAGGGGUUUUACUCCUCUGAAGCGUUCCUGUAUAAGAGCCUGCCGCUCUGGGAUGGCUUCUCCUGUCGGUCACAGUUCCUUCAGCUUCUGGCCUGGAUUCCAUUUAGUAGCUUCUCUGAGGUGAAGCCACUUCUUUUUGAUCAUCUAGCACCUCUCUUCUUUACAUCAACCAUUUAUUUCAAGUGUAGUGUUCUUCAAAGUCUGAAAGAACUACUGCAGAAUUGGCUGUUGUGGCUUUAUAUGGAUGCCCACAUGCAACCGGUGACAAGCAGUCCUCUAGAGACAACUUUGGGUGGAUCCAUGGACUCUGUGUCUCAGUUGAUUGACUACAUAGGCUGGCUGUCCAUGGUUGCAAUGCGCUUGGAGAACAACAGUACAUUGUUGUUGCACUUUAUUUUAGACUUCUAUGAGAAGGUGUGUGACAUAUAUAUAAAUUAUGACCUUCCAUUAGUGGUGAUGUUUCCUGCUAUGAUCUUCCAUUCUGCACUCCUAAGCCUGGAUGCCAGUAUCUUGAACCAACUUUGUUACAUUAUAUACAGGUAUCGCAAUAAUUUGACAGCUGCAAAGAAAAACAACUUCUUAAAGAAGGCAAAAUCAGAGUUCAAUCUCAGCAGCAAGAUCUGUCAAGAAUUUAAUUACUAUUUGACAGUUAUGGUUCAUUGCUUAUGGAUGUCCAAACCAUUUGAAAAAGGAGUGUACAUUGAUCCCCAAAACUUAGAAAAUACUGGAGAAACGGAGUAUAAAAACAGCUUAAAUUUAGUCCACCAUCCUGCCCUGUUGAGCUAUGCAGCAUCCUUUUUGUCACAGGAAAGCCCUGAAGAAAGGACAGCAGACCUGAACUCUAUUCAGGGGAAGAAAUGGAACUGCUAUUUGGACUAUUUAUUUUCAGAAGGUUUUCAAGGCUUGAAACUUUUUAUAAAAAGUAGUAUUCACCGUUCUUCUCUAUCCCAAUCAGAGAUCAAAACCUCAAUGGUAAACAUUAGAAGAAUGUUGACAUAAACAAACUGGGCAUGCUAAACUAAACUCUUCAUUGCUAGAGAGGCCAUGUAGCUCAGUGUGAGUUUCCAUAGCCAUUUCCCAAGCCAACUGCUGUCUUCAAGGAGGACGUCGACAGGUCUUCUGUCCAUGGCUCAGGAGAACUUUGGUGUGACUAACUUAUUUUUUAGUAUUCAGAUUUUUAAUUUACUAAUGAAAAAUAAUCUCUUCAUCUGCUUUCUAGUAGGAAUUUUUAUCUGCUGUGUUAGUAGAAGAUAACGAGUAAUAUAAAGUUACUCUGCAGACAUUGUUAUGCAGAAUACUCUGCAGUGUCUAGAAUCCUGGGGGACAUUUCUGUUUUUCUUAUGUGAACACCACCAGCAGCACCAAGUUACUUAUAAUAGGCUGCUACACAGGUGUAACACAUUCCCGAGAAGCUGGUAACUGUCUGGGCCUGCACUGGUGGUAAUGUAUGUAGGAAAGAAGGGUAGAGGAUGAAGAAAUUUCUGAUGUUAUUGGUUUUAUUUCCUGAAACCAUAUUAUUUGAGUGUAUGUGUGUAUGUAUGUAUUUAUGUAUAUAUUCAGAU